AAUGAUAAUUCUUCUCAAUCGACUCCUUGACCGAGCAAUAUGUUCGUUUUGCGCUGCGUAAGAAAAAAUUUAUCCAGGAUCCAAUUCCGCAGGAUAAACAAGAGAAAUUUGGUUAAUAAUAUUGGCAGCGAUUAUGUGGUCAACUCCGGUCAACCAGAUCUGCCUAUACCUAACGUUACACUACCGGAAUUCCUAACACAGUACCAAAAUGAAUUCGAAAAUUACGUGGCAAUUGAGUGCGCAGAAACGAAAAGGAAGUAUACUUUCGGUCAACUGAGGGACAAAAGUACCUCUUUCAGUAAAUCGUUGAGGAAACUCCUUAAACUUGAAGAUGGAGACGUGGUGGCUGUAGUACUAAGAAAUAUUCCAGAAUAUCCCAUAAUAAAUUUGGGUAUUAUGAAGGGAAAUCUGAUUGUUACCCCUGUGAGUCCUGCUUUCACGCCAGAGGAGAUUUCACGACAGAUAAUAGAUUCUGGGGCUAAAGCAGUAGUUACAGAGGUUACAAUACAUCCAAACGUGAGGAAAGCCCUUGAAAUUGCUAAAAAAAAAUUGCCAACUAUCGUGGUCAAAACUGAGAACAGUCAAAGCUCUCCUGAAGACACAAUAAACUUCCAUGAAUUUGUGGAUGCUAAGGUCGAUUAUCCAGAAAUUAUUUUGGGUAAACCUGAAGACGUUGUUCUGAUGCCUUACUCAAGUGGUACUACAGGUUUGCCAAAAGGUGUGGAGCUCACGCACAAGAACGUCAUAUCCAAUGUACUGGAGACUUAUUUCUGCGACAGCGAUUACCAACAGCAUGCUUCAGAAACCCACCAAGAGGUCUUGCCAAACAUCCUACCCUACUACCACAUUUUCGGACAAGCCAUCAUCCACGGUUUGAGUUUGGUAGGAGGAAAGAUAAUCACGAUGCCAAAUUUCAGCCCUGAAAUAUUCAUCAAGUCGCUGAAAGAAAAUAAAAGCACAAUAUUGUACAUAGUACCUCCGCUGGUGUUGAUGUUAACCUACCACGAAGCAGUCAAGAGGGAGUACCUCCAAUACGUCAGCGCAAUCAUGAGUGGAGGAGCACCAUUUGCAGCAUCAGAUGAGGAAGCUUUCAUAAAAAAAUUCGGGGAUAAAAUUUACUUCCUACAGGGUUAUGGCAUGACGGAAUUGGCGUGCGCAGCAACCAACCUCUACCCCAGCAUCAUGGAGAAAGUGGAAUCAUUCAGAGGCUCCAUCGGAAGACCAAUACCAAACACCCUGAUGAAAGUGAUCGACCCAGAGGAUCCAACCCUGAAGCCUCUGGGUCCCAACACGACAGGAGAACUCCUCAUCAAAGGACCACAAGUGAUGAAAUCCUAUCGGAACCUUCCAGAGGAGACCAAGAAGACCAUAACCGAGGACGGUUGGUUGAAAUCUGGAGAUCUGGGGUAUUUCAACGAUGAUGGUUUCUUCUUCGUCACUGAUCGUCUCAAGGAACUGAUCAAAGUGAAGGGAAACCAAGUUGCUCCUGCUGAACUGGAAGGGGUGAUACGUUCUUUCCCAGGGGUGGCAGACGCUGCGGUCAUAGGUAUACCACACAAGACCUCUGGCGAGGUACCUCGCGCCUACGUGGUUGGUGAAAAAGGCUUGGACGUGGAGAAACUCAACGAGUUCGUUAACGAAAAAGUUGCUAGGUACAAGCAGCUCAAGGGUGGGAUUGCAGUCGUUGGUUCCAUACCGAAGAAUCCAUCUGGUAAGAUCUUGAGGAAGGAGCUGAAAGAGGCCUAUUUGAAGGAGGCUGAGUGAGGAGAAUUGACCCAUCGAGCAAACGUCGAAUUCGUUUGGUAAAUUAAAUUUUUUGUUCUUUUUCUGUUAAAUAUUGUUGCUGUUGAGUUUUUCGUAUUUUCCAUGAGUUAAUUUGUUUCUCAUUAAAUGAUUUCCUCCUUUUUCUCUU